GGCCAGCCCAUCUUCCUGCCUCUUCUCCCCACUGAGUAGUCAGAAGAGCAGAAAACCCUCAUAGGCCUGUGCAUCUGGGGCCUGUGCCCUGCAGACAAGCCAUGGCCCGCAACGUCGACCUGGUGCCCUGGGAGGACGGCUCCACCCACGUGUACGGGUCCCCGGCCAUCUCGCUGCCGGUGGCGCGGACGCGCAACCAGCUGGCUGGCGUGAAGCGACAGCUGUACCACCCGGCCCUGCCCAGCCUGCGCCGCAUGGACAUGGACUCUGUCAGGGCCUGUCUUUCGGACGAGCACUGCCGUUCCACCACCUACUGCCGCAAAGAUGACUUUGACAACGCCUACUUCACACUUUUCGGUGUCCCCAAUAAACCUCUGCAGUGCUUGGACAUCACCGAAACCGGCCGGAGACUCCGAAACAGGUGCCAUGAGGGAAAGCUGGUACCCAUCGCGCCGGGCAUCAACCGGGUGGACUGGCCUUGUUUCACUCGCGCCAUUGAGGACUGGUCCCGCUUCGUGUCCUCGGCUGGCGAGUUCAAGUUGCCCUGCCUGAACAAGAGGGUGGAGAGUUUCAGUGGCUACGCGGUGCGGUACUUGAAGCCCGAGGUGACCCAGAACUGGCGGUACUGUCUCAACCAGAACCCCAGCCUGGACCGCUACGGACAGAAGCCCCUGCCUUUCGACACCCUGAAUGCUUACCGACGCUUCGGCUCAAUCUACAGUCGUGUCAACUACCUGACCCCCUGGCAUUAAUCUGUGAAAAGGAAGCCAGUCCUCAGGCUGCUGGGCUGUGCCAUCUCCGGUUCUCCAGCAGGACAGAGCGGGGGUGGAGGUGAUGGGUACUAUCCUUAUACCGAGG